CAUAUUUUGGCUUAACGACCGUGAAGAGAGAGAGAGAGAGAGAGAGAGAGAGAGAGAGGGUUGAAAUUUUGGGAAGGAGCUAGCUACUUGGAGGUUUUGACGAUUUGCAGAAACUAAAGUAGCCAUUAUGGCGAGGCUAACACCGCCAAAAAGCCCAAUGGUUUGUGAUAAACACAAGUCAGGUUGUUUGUGGAGUAUGUAUAGCCUCUUUGAAUUUCGUCAUGGUAAUUCUAAUAGGAAGCUGCUUUCAGAUCAUAGGAAGCGUUUAAAGAGAUCUGAUGUUGUUGAUGAUGGAGAUGUUAAGCAAAAUGAUUUGCUCACCAAGUUUGAUGAGAAAUUCCAAGGGAAAGAUAAUAGUAAUGAAAACUUAGUUUGUCCUGAUAUUCAACAUGAAAAUAAGCCUAAAAGGGAGGAGGCAUCUACUUCCGAACUUGGCCAGUUACCGAAGAAGUUUCAGAGACCUUCUCAUGGUCAGACUGAUUCAGCAAAACAGAAGCAACCUCCUUAUCCGAAGCCAGCGGGAAAAUCUUUCGAUAAGCUCAAAUCAGCAGCUUCAGAACAAACACCCCACAAAAAGAAGCAUGCCAAGAAAAGGAGAGGAUGUGGUUGCAAAAAUGUUGACUUUGUGAGGUAUGGCCAGCUCAAUGAAAUUAAUCCGCAGUUACUAAAGGUGAACGAUGCAACCGAGGCGAUUGUAAACCGAAAAUUCAUCGAAGGAAAGUACUUGAGCGGAGAUGGAGUGAGCCAGCACUCUAAACAACUAUUGGAUGCGUUAGAGAUUUUGAAUUCAAACAAGGGGUUGUUCUCAAAACUCUUGCAAGACCCCAACUCUUUGUUGGUAAAACACAUUGAAGACUUGAGAGAUUCUCAAACACAAAAGCAGCAGACGAAAUCGUCCUCAGAAUCCAACAUUUCGGAGCACCAAACGAGUAAUCAUAGACUACACGAAGAACCUGGCUCAACUAAAAUAUUUAUAGAUUCUAAUAAAUGUCAUUCCAAGGGAAGAAGUGAUCUUCAGUCGUCAGAAAUAGUACUCUUAAAGCCUGGCCCAAUAGGCCUGCGGAAUUCGGCAGACAAGAUCAACAUCAGUCAUUGUUCCUCUCCACAAUCUUUUCAUAGUUUUGAAGAAGAUUUGCAAAGUGUCAGGCCCACAUAUUUUUCCUUUGAUCAUAUUAAAAGGAAGUUCAGACAUGCCAUGGGGGUAACCAGAAAAGAUCAGCAUUUGAUGUCAAAUGAUGGGGUGAAACAGUGCUCUCCCAAUAAACGUAUGGAGAUCAUAAGAAGAAACUCUCACAACACAAUCCAUGUACAAAAGGAAAAAAUGGAGAAGGCUUCUUUUGAUAUCCACAGGAGAGAAAAGAUAAACAAGUUGAAGGACUUCAAAGCAAGGAUCGGACAUGAAACCGCUUCGACUAGUGAAAGCGGUCGUAAUAGAAGUGAAUCUAGAGCAUAUGUGGAGAGCAUAAAUGAGGAUGAUAAAUUUUUGCAUAAACAAGGACCAAAAGUCUUUCAGAGGACAGUCUCUUAUCCUGAACAUGAUUUCUUGCCUUUACAUAGUCCUUGGAGGGACACCGAAACUGGUUUCGUUAGUGGCCAAAUGAGAUUUUCCCCAUACAGCUAUAGCCAAGUGCCCUAUGAGAAUAAUAAUUGGGCCCUUCAGAAAGAACAUAAGAUAAGCUAUUCAAGUUCUUUGAAGCAGAAUCUAGAGGCCAUAAUUGAUAGCAAGAAAUCCAAGAGUCAAUUGCCUGUAUUUGAUCCAAGCAUCGGAGGAGAAACAAAGACAAUGGAAUUUCCUUUUAAACUAGAUGGUAGAGAGAAGAACGAUACCACAGAAACUACGGAUACCAGGGACUCAGAAGAAGCAAGUACUUCAUCACAUAGUUUGGUCAAAAUCUCUACCGUGGAGACUAGUGACAGCGCAUGCCAAGACGCAACUGAUCUUUCGGAAGAUGGAUCAUGUGACACAGACAAGGGAAGCACAAAUCAAAACACUAACGCAACAUACACAAAUGGAGAAGAUGAAUAUUUGAAGCGCUCAAGACUGGAUUCAUCUUUUGAGGAUCAACCAUCAACAUGUUCAAAUGAUGUUUUUCCAUCAACUCCAAGGGUCCAAAGAGUUGAGGAUCCUGAUAGCAUUAAAGAUAUAGGAGAUCAAUCAAGUCCAAUUUCUGUUCUUGAGCAGUUCUUCACUGAUGUUUCUAGUCCACCGAGCACCAUAUGCCAAUCUGCUGAGGGGCAGAAGUCCCACUUGGAUCCUAACGUCAAUAGUACCACUUUAUUUGUUUAUGGAUACAUCUCUGAGUAUGUAAAGGCGGUUCUACAAGCUUCUGGCCUGAACUGGGACAAACUCGAUUUUAAGUCCCGCAAAUCACACCAUCUUCUUGAUCCAUCUUUGCUCAACUCAGUCAAGUUGCAGGACAACCAAUUCUGUGGUGACUGUGAGUUACUCUUUGACUGCAUUAGUGAAGUUCUUCCAGAGGUGUAUGACGGCAAUUUCAGAUCCUCUCCUUGGUUGUCAUUCAUCAAGCCGAAAUGUCUCCAACCAGUUCAAGUGGAGAAAUUUGUGAUUCGAGAGGUGACGAGACGUGUCGAUUGCUACCUCCGGCCAGAGUCAUUGCCAAGAACAUUGGACCAGCUCAUUGGAAAUGACUUGAGAAGAUCCGGGACAUGGCUAGACAUCCGAACCGACGUUGAAGAUUUGGUUAGUGAAAUGGUGGAAAGUGCUUUGGAUGAGUUAAUCAUGGAAACGAUAGUUGACCUGCAACUCUAAUGCACAGGAAAAUUUCGGGAUAGCUCAGCUAUAUUUGAAAAGUGAUGAGCUUCAAGUGAAAAAAUAAAUCACGCAAUAUGUGGUAUAAUGGGAUUUCAGCAUAAGGAAGCUUCUGGCUGACUUGCACAAAAUGGAAGAACAACACCCUCAAUGUACCAUUUAUAGCACACACUUUACAGAACCUUGGAUGGUGUUAAAGACAGAUUCUGAUAAGCUUUUGGACAGUGUUAGUUGCAACACCACCACCAGAUUCUUCUCGACAGACCAAAAAUCAUGGCAACAGCUCUUAACUAGUCUUCAUUUUUUUUUUUUUCUUAAUAAAAGAAAUUUGAAUUUAAUAAUCUUUGGAUUCUUUGUAACAAACUCAUGUAAACGUGCAUUAUAAAUA